AUGCUAGCCAACAGCGUACUCACGCGUUUGCACCACGUCCGUCAACACCCAACCGCGAUUGCAAAAACGGCCUACAAUGCUAAAUGUCAAGAAGAACUUGAUCUUGCUCCGGGGGACCUCCUAUACCUCGUGCACAAAAUUGACGAGAAUUCGUACUUCGCCGAAACUGUGACAACUAAAAAAAGGGGGCUUGUGCAUACAAACUUAAUCGAACUUCAGGCCAAUCACCCGGUAGAACCUGAGCCGACGGGUUCUGGGUUUGGUUCUACCUCGUCGUUAUCGUCAUCGUCGUCGCCUCAAUCGGCAUCUUUGUGCACUUCAAAAAGUGAUGAGAUUUUCGCCGAUCCACCGCCCUUAAUCGGAAAGACUGCAACUUUGGGAGGAAUAAGGAGAUGCUUACUGCAGGACACUCUUUUGAAUGAAUUGCAGCAGAAGCUAUCUACGAAUACUACGAAGGUGUCGCGUAGAAAAACUCUGUGGUUAGCUGUAGAUAAUAUUCCAGAGGACGCGAAUACUGACUCACUUGAAUUCAAGAAAGGGGAUGUUUUGCGGUGGAUUGAUUAUGAUCCCAAGUACCUUAAACCGAACUCCGGACCUCUACCCCCGGAUGAAUUCCUGGAAUGCGAAACCUGGGCAGGGAGUCCUGUCGUCGUGCCCAGUGGGUUCGUUCGUCUCUUAACAUCAAGACUUGAGUUGACUGAAGCUCUGGGUCGCAGACCAAGGGCUGAGGUUAUUGCAAAUUUCUCCGCAUCGCACAACAGCGAGCUCUCAGUCAGUGUUGGUGAAGUCAUCUACCUUCUCACCGAUUGCAGUGCAACCGAAUUCCUAGCUAUGAACAAGAGCGGCACUCGUGGAAAGGUCCCGAAGAAUGUUUUAAAUGUCCUUGUUGCACCAAAAUAG